CGUCCAUCUGCUCUCUUGUUGGACUCCCAGCGUGCUUUGCGCGCAAUCAUGGCUGGUGUCUUGAAGAAGACCACUGGUUUGGUGGGACUGGCUGUGUCUCAGAAUCCACAUGAGCGUCUUCGAAUUCUCUACACCAAGAUCUUGGGAUGUCUGCAGACAAUGCCCCAGGAUGCUGCCUACAGGAAGUACACAGAGCAGUUGAUCAGUGAGAGAUUUAACCAUGUCAAAAUGGAACCUGAUGUCAGUAAACUAGAAAAGAAAAUCAAUUGUGGACAGAUAGAAGAGGUCAUCUUGCAGGCGGAAGCGGAGCUCUCUCUCUCCAGGAAGAUGUUAGACUGGAAGCCGUGGGAACCUCUGAUUGAGGAGCCACCUGCCAACCAGUGGAAAUGGCCUAUUUAAAGCCUGUUAUUGAAGUUAAUAAAACCCUAAUAAAUUUGGAUUAAGUGUGUGUGUCCCUGCAAAUAGACUUCAAGUCUGAGGUAAUCUGUGUGAUAACCAUGUAAAUACAAAUAUUUAAACAGUG